AUGACUAGAAGCAUUCUUGUAUUCGAUCUCGACGGGACAUUGACCCAACCUGUUCAGCCAUUAACGGAUGACAUGAAAGUAGCGCUACUACGCUGCAAAGAGAAGGGACAUGAUAUCGCAAUAGCUUCCGGAUCGAAGUACAUGAAAAUUGCAAAUCAAGUCGGAGAGGAAUUUUUACCCAAUUUCAAGUUCAUAUUUGCUGAAAACGGUACACAGGUUUACGAGGAUGGUGUGCUUGUGAAAUCGCUGGAUAUACUUGAUUUCGUACCGGAGAAGACUCUCAAAGAGUUAGUAGAAUUCAGUCUACGAUACAUAGCGGACCUCGAUAUACCCGUGAAAAGGGGAACAUUUGUGGAACAUCGCAAAAGCUUGAUCAACUUAUGCCCCGUUGGACGAAAUUGUUCCGCUGAAGACCGCAUUGCUUUUGCAGCACUAGAUAAUUCGAAAAACAUUCGUCAGAAGUUCAUAUCCGAGCUCGAAUCUAAAUUUGGUUCGGGAGAAGUGCAGCUGCGAUUUGUUGCUGGUGGGCAAAUUUCGGUUGAUGUAUUCCCAAAGUCAUGGGACAAGUCAAUUACACUGAUAAAUCUUGGCGAAUAUGACGUGAUUCAUUACUUCGGUGACAACACUAAACCAGGAGGAAAUGACUAUGAAAUAUAUAGCCAUCCUGAUGUUAUGGGCCAUACUGUGAAAGAUUAUAGAGAUCUUAUUGUACAGCUAAACGAAUUGUUAGCUUGA